UCUCUCUCUCAGUUCUUACUGAGUAAUUGUUUUUGAUAUUUUUCAGACUUUUUCCUAAAUCUAAAGUGGGAUUAGCCUCUCACACAACCAACUGUAUUUACUGACAGCCACAGUGAUAAUACAAGCUGCAUCAAUCAACGUAAAUCUCUCUUGAAAUCCAACACUUAACCGUACUUUCUUUAGAUAAAUUCUGUGGCACUGGAAUAAUACGAACAAAAAAUGGAUGAGGAGUUUGUCCUAUUGCAAAACAGAGAUGACAGCACUCUGGGAGUUGGUGGAGAAUAUGAGGACAGUGAAGAAGAGAUGGAAGAAGACGACUCAGAUCUCAGUGAUGAAGGUCCUGAAUGUAGCUCAGAGAGGGCGAGCGGUUGGGGGUCGCUUCCUGAUGUGUGCUUGAGGCACGUGUUCGGGUUUCUUCCUGACCGUGAUCGCAGGGGUGCAGACCUGGUUUGUCAUCACUGGCACAAAGUCAUGCGCUCUCCCUCUCUCUGGCGCUCCCGCUUCUUCCACUUCAGUGGUCGGCUGUCUAAAUUCAGGCAGUCUGAAUAUUGCUCUGCUGUGGCCUAUGCCCGCUGUCUGGGAGUCUACCUGGAGAGGUUGGAGGUGUGUGUGUGUCCUCCACGCAGGUCCCUGGUAGCCCAGCGACUGGAGCAAGCCAUCAGCGGCCUGUUGUUUGAGCUCACCAGAGUAAAGGCGCCACUACGGUCCCUUUCCCUCGUAAGGCUGGAGUUGGACCGGACCUCCUGGACUUUAAGGCUCAGGAACUCUUUAGUAAACUGCCUGAUUCGCUUCCUCCACAGAGGAUCCUCAAAUCUCACCUCUGUUUGUCUGAAUGGGAUGCGAAACAACAUGAAUCAAGGUCUGGAGCUGCUUUCUGCCCUGUCACAUUCUCAGAGGCGCUUCCACCCUCUGUGCUCUAUCUCAUCUUUGGACUUGAAGGGAUUCUUUUCUAGUGAUGUGCAUGUCCACCUUAACUCUGACAUGCCCCACAUCCUGCGCCACCUGCAAGGCCUCACCGACCUGAGCUUGAGUUACUCCUGUCUGUCAGAUGAGCUGCUAAGCGCUCUCCAGCACAGACAGCGAGGGUCGAGGCGGAACUCCAGUAGAGAUGGGAACUCCUUGCAAACAUUCUCACUGCACUGCACUUUGAAUGAGCCCCAUCGACAGCUGGUGUGUGGUGGCUCAUGGACAACUUUGGCAUCAAGCUGCCCGGGCCUGAAAGUGAAGUUUACGGUGGACCAAGUCAUCAACACUAACUGGCUUGCAAGGAUACUGCUGCCUGAGAUUCCCCUGACAGAAUACACCAUGACAGCUUUCUACUCCCCCGACGAAGACUGGAGCGUCAAGCCUCUCCUCUGUGACAUGCUGCCUUGGUACAGACGCAGUCUGCAGUAUCUGACCCUGGACCUGAGCAACUGCAGUGAAUCACUGGAUGAGGAGCUGCUGGAGCUGGUUAAGGCGUGUGAGCGUCUGGAGCAGCUGAGAGUCUGGGCUUUCUUGGAAAUCAGGACUGUGGAGAGGCUGCUGCACAUCAGACUGACGCAAAGGAGUUUACUUAACAAGAUCAGAGUGAGAAUCUACUCAGUAAGUGACGACACCAGAGAGCAGGAAGACCAGCUGGAGGAAUUACUGUCUUCCCACCUGCACCUCCCUCCUGAACUGGAGUUUUACGCUAUAGUCUACCCCUUUGUAUGAUCACUGAACACAUGCAAAGGUGCUUGUAGACAAGUGGACGAGAGCACACCAAAAAAAUAAAAUUAAUGAAGCAUGAAA